AAAUAAAGAAAAUUUUAAAACCCGGCGGUUUUAUCAUUUAUGAAUUUGGAAAGAACGGAGCUCCGGAAUGUGGCGGCGAAACCAAUUUCAGGAAAAUCCAGAUUCUGAUCAGAGCAUUUCUGACAAGGAGGAGUUUAUUGAUGAUUUUGCAGAAAAUUGUGUUUCAUUAGGCGACCGUUUGGAAAUAGAGAAGCAGGAAGGAUUUCAACUUCAAUCAAGAUUGGAAACACUUAAAGAGAAAUGUGAUAACAAUCGCUUGUACAAUGAAGAAUUCUCAAGUUUUUGUAUCAAGGAGGAUGUUGAAGUGUCUGACUCUCUCGGCGAGGGUGACUGCUUUCCCUCUCAGACAUUUAGGCGAGUUUCCUGUGAGGAAUUGGUCUCUGAUUGUGAGGAAGAUGUUGUGCACUCAAAAUCUUGCAUUGUUUCUGGUGCUAAAAAAUCUGAUCGUAGUUCUGGAAUAGAGGAGAGAGAUGGGGGAAAUGCAUGGUCUAUGGUAACUAAAGAAGCUGAGGCACUAAUCCAUUUGGACAAAAAUGUUUCAAGCUUUUCUUCUCAUUUUUCUUGUUCCAAAGCUGAUAAAUCUUGUAGAGGUGCCAUAAACAAAACGAGACCUAGAUUUUCAUUUGGCUUCCAACCACAAAGAGGAGUUUCAUGUCUAUCUAUCUCAGAUAACGAAAAUGUCAUGUCAACUAAAGCUGGUAAAGUGCCCAAAAGAUUGCAGGACAGUGAUCAUGGAACCUUAGAGCAUUCAAUAGCCGAGGUUCUUGAAGAUUUCAGUGGAGAAGAGGAAAACCAGUUAGAGAUUGUUCGUGCUGAUGUAGAAGCUCUUGGUCAUGGGCAUUCAAUGGCUGAACUUUUAGAUGACCUUCAGGACAAUCCCAGCCUGCUAAGAGGGAAUUUUAAAAUGAAUAGCAGAGCAAGAGGAAAAAGGGUACAAGCUACUCUCAAAAGAAGUAUAUGUUCACUUGGUGAUAGAACCAUUGAAAGUGAAGCCCUCUAUGAGCCCCAGUGAUGAAUCAUCAAGCAAUGAUGAGGCUGAUUGCCGAAAUCUAGAACUUGCUUUUCCAGAGAUAAAGAAUCAUACUAUUUCAGAUAAGUUUCAGGCAGCCUUAGGUUCCACCUUCUUGAGUGCUGAAGGCACUUCGAUUCCUAGACUAGGAGUGUUCAGGUUCAU